UGGGCAAGACUGAAGCAAAAAGAGAUAAAGUCAUCUGCCUUGGAUCACACAAGUCUUUGACGAGAGUUGGAAAGACAUUACAGAUGUCCUGAAUUCCAGUUCCUCGCUAUAACCUCUAUAUUGUGGUUCCUCCAUGUAAAUUCUUGGUGAAGACUAAAUAGAAAGGGUUUUUUUUUUUCUUCUAAACUUGGAAAUCGAGUUUAACCUUCAAACUGGCGAUGUCAAGGGUCCCGAGUCCUCCUCCUCCUCCGGCAGAAAUGUCGAGUGGCCCUGUAGCUGAGAGCUGGUGCUACACACAGAUCAAGGUAGUGAAAUUCUCCUACAUGUGGACCAUCAAUAACUUUAGCUUCUGUCGGGAAGAAAUGGGUGAGGUCAUUAAAAGUUCAACCUUUUCAUCAGGAGCCAAUGAUAAACUAAAAUGGUGUUUGCGAGUGAAUCCAAAAGGGCUAGAUGAAGAAAGCAAAGAUUACUUGUCACUGUACCUGUUGUUGGUCAGCUGUCCAAAGAGUGAAGUUAGGGCAAAGUUCAAAUUCUCCAUCCUGAAUGCCAAAGGGGAAGAAACAAAGGCUAUGGAGAGCCAAAGAGCAUAUCGGUUUGUACAAGGCAAGGACUGGGGAUUCAAGAAGUUCAUCCGUAGAGAUUUUCUUUUGGAUGAGGCCAGUGGUCUCCUUCCUGAUGAUAAGCUCACGCUCUUUUGCGAGGUGAGUGUGGUGCAGGAUUCAGUCAACGUUUCUGGCCAGAAUACCAUGAAUAUGGUGAAAGUCCCUGAGUGCCGGUUGGCAGAUGAGUUGGGAGGACUCUGGGAAAAUUCCUGCUUCACAGAUUGCUGCUUGUGUGUUGCUGGCCAAGAAUUCCAAGCUCACAAAGCUAUCUUAGCAGGCAAUUCUCCUGUUUUCAGUGCCAUGUUUGAGCAUGAGAUGGAAGAGAGCAAAAAGAAUCGGGUGGAAAUCAAUGAUGUGGAGCCAGAAGUUUUUAAGGAAAUGAUGUGCUUCAUUUACACUGGCAAGGCCCCCAACCUAGACAAAAUGGCUGACGAUCUUCUGGCAGCAGCAGACAAGUAUGCCCUGGAGCGUUUAAAGGUCAUGUGUGAAGAUGCGCUCUGCAGUAGCCUGUCCGUGGAGAACGCAGCAGAAAUUCUCAUCCUGGCUGACCUGCACAGUGCAGAUCAGCUGAAAACGCAGGCAGUGGAUUUCAUCAACUAUCACGCGUCGGAUGUCAUGGAGACCUCUGGAUGGAAGUCCAUGGUGGUUUCACACCCCGACUUGGUGGCCGAGGCAUACCGCUCCCUGGCUUCAGCACAGUGCCCUUUCUUGGGGCCCCCACGAAAGCGCCUGAAGCAGUCCUAAGGCCUCUGCUUGUUGCA